UUUAAUUGCCCGAAAUACAUCGCGUUGUAUGGAAGUGGUCAGCAUCACUAACGGGGAGAAAGACACAUUAUUGGCAACACAGUGACGAAUGGUUAAGUGCCCUUAAAUGUUCGUGUUACACCUGGCCGGAAGCAAUGAGGAACGUUAUUGUGCUCUCACUGCUGCUGCUGAACAUACACCAUGUCAUAUCAGCACCCAAAGGCGUCACUGCCAGUCUAUCGGCAAAGUGGAGCAUGACGCCUUUCCUUCUGGACACAAGUGAAUUUAUUGGAGAAGAUGGGAAUGAAAAAUUCUGGCAGUUUGUUGACACCGUGAAAGAGCUCACUGUUUACAAACAAGGAGAAUCCGUGCGCUCGUACUACAACUUGAUCCUGAAGAAGGCUGGCCAGUUUCUCACAGAUCUUCAAGUUAAUCUCCUCAGAUUUGCUCUGGCCCUUCGGUCAUACUCACCAGCUGUGCAAGCAUCUCAGCAGAUAGCCAGUGAUGAGCCUCCGCCCGAGGCUUGCCCUGCCUUCAUCUCCAUCCACGGUCAACACGGCUGCAGUACCAAAGACAUCAAGAAGCUCCUGAAGGCAGCUGCAGGCAGGCCCAAACCAUAUUUAUACAAUAAAGACCACAUAUAUCCAGGGUUCAAUAAAACCGAUGUGCCAAUCGUGAUCCUCUAUGCUGAGAUUGGAACCAAGAAGUUUGCCUCGUUUCAUAAGGUGCUGUCUGAGAAGGCUGGAGAGGGCACACUUAUAUAUGUGCUGCGGCAUUUUGUAGCGCAUCCAAAGCCUCAAAAGAUGCUUUUAUCUGGGUAUGGUGUUGAGCUGGCUAUCAAAAGCACAGAAUACAAAGCCGUGGAUGACACCAAAGUAAAAGAUUCAGGUGCAAACGCUGAGGAAGACAAUAAUGAUGAAGUCCAAGGGUUUGUUUUUGGAACAUUAAAGAAAUCUCACCCUGAACUCGAGGAGCAACUGGUCGAACUUCGCAGACAUCUCCUCGAGAGUACAAACGACAUGGUCCCUCUCAAAGUGUGGGAAAUGCAAGAUCUUAGUGUCCAGGCAGCUGCCAGAAUAAUGUCCGUGCCAAAGUUUGAUGCUUUGAAGCUGAUGCGAGACCUCAGUCAGAACUUUCCGAGCAAAGCCAGAUCACUGACAAGAGUGGCCGUAAAGCAGGAAAUGAGAAAAGAAAUCGAGGAGAACCAAAAGCGACUCGGCGAGUCCAUUGGCGUACACCCGGGAGACGGAGAGCUCUUCAUCAACGGACUGCACAUUGAUCUGGACAUUCACAACCCUUUCAGCAUUUUAGAUAUCCUCAGAGGAGAGGCCAGGGUCUUAGAAGGGCUUCAUAACUUAGGCAUAAAAGGAGAACAUCAAGGCAAGCUGCUGAGGCUACCUGUGAACGCUGUGGAUGACAGCUAUGCCUUAGAUAUCAGACAUCCAGCUAUAAUGUGGAUAAAUGACAUAGAGAACGACUCAGUGUAUCGCAACUGGCCAACGGGAGUACAGGAGCUCCUCCGAGCCACUUUUCCUGGAGUCAUUCGGCAGAUUCGACACAAUCUCUUUAACCUGGUGCUGUUCCUAGAUCCACUACAGGAGGAAAGUGUUGAGCUGGUGAAACUGGCAGAGCUUUUCUACAAGCACAAGAUCCCCCUGAGAAUUGGCUUUGUGUUUGUUGUCAACACCAAAGAGGAGAUUGAUGGCUUCUCAGAUGCAGGGGUGGGAUUUUUCAGACUGCUGAAUUACAUUGCAGACGAGUAUGAUUUAUCCCAGGCUCUGAUGUCCAUGGUCUCCUUGUACAACCAAGUAGAAGGAGGAGAGACGCUGUCUGUCGAUACGAUCUCUGCUUACCUGAAGAGAAAGUUCCCCAAAGCCAGCGCUCAGAGGAUUCUUGGCGUAGAAUCUGAGUAUGAUGACAAAAGAAAAGACGGUGCCCUUUUCUACAAAAAGAGUGGCCUGGGUUCCUUGCCAGUGGCUUUAUUUAAUGGAGUCCCUCUGAGCCCUGAUGAGAUGGACCCAGAUGAGCUGGAAACCCUCAUCCUGCAGCGCAUCAUGGACACCACCACCACCUUCCAGAGAGCUGUCUUUAUGGGUCAGUUGACUGAUGACUCCAAUGUGGUGGACUACCUCAUGGAGCAGCCAAACGUGGUUCCCAGGAUGAACCCUCUUAUUCUAAACACUGACCGCAAGUACCUCGACUUCACUUCCAAACCAGUCGUAGAUGAUUGGGAUGACACGACUAUGUUUUCAUUCUAUGACUCCAGAGACAAAACAGCUGUGAUGGCAAAGAGGAUGAAAUACUUUACAAAUGCUGAUGAGGAUGGGAUGAGUGCUGUGACCUUGUGGAUAGCCGGAGAUUUUGAGAAGCUCUCAGGAAGACAACUUCUACUCGGUGCUCUGAAACGUGUGAAAGCCAGCCCUGGAGUGCGAGUGGGGGUGAUAGAUAACCCCAGUGGAAAGCCAAGCCACGAUAACACGGUGCUGUUCAGGGCUAUCUGGGCCUCGCUCCUCACCCAGAAGAAUAAGGCUGCAGCAGAGUUUGUGCAAAAACUCCUGAGAGAGGAGAGCAGCCAGCUCCUCCAAAAGGGGACCAAGAUGAAGGACCUACUGAUCCAGGGCAUGGACAGAGACGCCUUUGAGAAAAAGUUCAACACCCUUGAAGUGGAUUUCAUUCGUAGCCAGCAGCUGUUUUGUCGAGACGUCCUGAAAUUAAGUCCUGGACAGCAGGCGGUGAUCAGCAACGGCAGGAUCCUCGGCCCAUUUGAGGAGCAGGAAGAAUUCACCGUGGAGGACUUCCAGCUGCUGGAGAAGAUUACACUCAGUGGUUCUGCAGAGAAAGUCAAAGCCAAAGUUAAACUGAUGGGGAUGAAAGCAAAGCACGCCAGCGACUUAGUCAUGAAAGUUGAUGCCCUCCUAACUGCAGCCCCCAAAGGAGAGGUCAGGAAGGAUGUCCACUUUAUCAAAGACAACCACAGUGUGCUCCAUCUCUCCCCACGUGAAAACGAGGUUUUCUACGAUGUCGUGGCCAUCGUUGACCCUCUCACGAGGGAGGCUCAGAAGAUGUCCCCGCUACUGAUUGUGCUCAGUCAAGUGGUCAAUGUGAGACUGCAGGUGUUUAUGAAUUGCAGGGCCAAGUUGUCUGAGAUGCCCCUCAAGAGCUUUUACCGCUUUGUCUUGGAGUCCGAUGUGAAUUUCUUGGCCAACAACACAGUGUCUCCAGGACCAGUGGCCCGCUUCAUGGAGCUCCCAGAAUCUCCCCUCCUCACCCUUAUUAUGGUUACGCCCGAGAGCUGGAUGGUGCAGGCUGUCCGCAGCCCCCACGACUUGGAUAACAUCCACCUGCAGGAGGUGAAUGGGGUUGUGACAGCGGAGUACGAGCUGGAGCAUCUUUUGCUGGAGGGCCACUGCUUUGACCUGUCAACGGGCCAGCCUCCCCGUGGCCUGCAGUUUACCCUGGGCACGAGUCGGGACCCGCUCAUGUAUGACACUAUCGUCAUGGCUAACCUGGGAUAUUUCCAGCUGAAAGCAAAUCCUGGUGCCUGGAACUUAAAAUUACGUAAAGGGAGAUCAGAGGAUAUCUAUGAGAUUCUCACGCACGAUGGAACUGAUUCCCCGGCAGAUGCUGGUGACGUCCUGGUUGUUCUGAACAGUUUCCACAGUAAAAUCAUCAAAGUCCGAGUGCAAAAAAAGGCGGACAAGAUGAACGAGGAUCUUUUAAGUGAAAAUAGUGAAAGCAAAGGCAUUUGGGACUCCAUAGCAAGGAGAUCUUAUUCCACCCCUCGAUCCAGACUGCAUUAUUAUGCUGUAAGAUCUAGUCUUGCAAAAAAUAUGUGCUUCUGUAGCAUCACAGGGGGUGGCUCCAAGAAGGACGACGGAGAGAAGAAGAAGGAGGAUGUUCUCAACAUAUUUUCCGUGGCCUCGGGCCAUCUGUACGAGCGCUUCCUGAGAAUAAUGAUGCUGUCCGUCCUUCGGCAUACCAAAACACCUGUCAAGUUCUGGUUCCUCAAGAACUACCUCUCUCCAUCCUUCAAGGAGACCAUCGCUCACAUGGCGGAGAAGUAUGGCUUCCGGUAUGAGUUGGUCCAGUACAAGUGGCCCCGCUGGCUCCACCAGCAGACUGAGAAGCAGCGCAUUAUCUGGGGGUACAAGAUCCUCUUCCUGGAUGUUCUGUUCCCCUUGGCCGUGGACAAGAUCAUCUUUGUGGACGCCGAUCAGAUCGUCCGUGCCGAUCUGAAGGACUUGAGGGAUUUCGACCUGGAGGGCGCUCCUUACGGCUACACGCCGUUUUGUGAUAGCCGCGGAGAGAUGGAAGGCUAUCGCUUCUGGAAAAGCGGCUACUGGUCCUCACAUCUAGGACACAGGAAAUAUCACAUCAGCGCUCUGUAUGUAGUAGAUUUAAAGAAGUUUAGAAAGAUUGCGGCUGGAGACCGAUUACGAGGCCAGUACCAAGCCCUGAGCCAAGACCCCAACAGUCUGUCCAACCUGGACCAGGACCUUCCCAACAACAUGAUCCACCAGGUUGCCAUCAAGUCUCUUCCCCAGGAGUGGUUGUGGUGUGAGACUUGGUGCGAUGACACCUCCAAAGUCUCAGCUAAGACUAUAGACCUGUGCAACAACCCAAAAACCAAAGAGCCCAAGCUCACGGCCGCCGCCAGGAUCGUGCCCGAGUGGGUUGAAUACGACAACGAGAUAAAGCAGCUGCUGGGACGGCUGCAGCCACAGGAAGACACGGCGACACCAACACACACUGCGUCUCCCUCACAGCAUGACAAAGGAGACGACAGACGUGAUGAACUUUAGUGCCUGGCAGCAUCGUUGUGAGGAGGAAGGAGGUAGGAGGCAGGAGGCAGCAUCGUUCUGAGGAGGAGGAAGGAGGUAGGAGGUAGGAGGCAGCACCUUUUGCAAGCAGGCCUCCUGUGAAGCUUGGAGACAGACGGAUCCAUCCCAACAUCGCCGUGCAGCAUCGCAUCCCCCGCCGGAGAGGGACGUGAUAUUUCCAGAGAUGCCGAAUCUGCUUCUGCAGUCAAUACGUCGAACAAGAGGAACACAUGAUGCAAGUGUUAACUGCCAACUGUGAACGUGUGGGUGCUACCAGCACCCCAAGGGGCUCGGUUAGUUUGUGGGUACCGGAGAAUGAAGUGAGAGGAAAUGUUGGGGUGUGGUCAGUCACAGCACUCUGAUUAGGUUUGUUUAAAAAGACAUGGUUUAUUGCACUGAUGAUGUUUGCAAAUGAUCAAAUAGUGAAGGCACAUCUCUGAGAAUCUAAUCUCAAAGUUUAAUUUUUGUUAUAGAAAACGUUCUGAAAGAUGCUGCUUUUAGGUAUUCUUAAUUUGAAGUUGACUAAAAUGCCCAAACGAAAAAUUUAAUUUCAUAACGGGCAGCAAAGUUGUGACAUUUGACCUUGGGCACUGUGUGAUUAUUAUUGUAGUUUUUUAUUUUCUCUAAAGGAAAGAUAGUCUUGAGAAGGUUUAUUUUUUUAGUUGAGUCUUCUUUUGAAAGAUGUAUUCUAUACAAAUGGGAUCAAAUGCUUACAUCAAAAGAUGGCUUUCAUGGGCCUUAACGGUACCUUUUAUAUCAGGGCUGUAUUUAUUUUCAUCGCCAUCAAACCCAUAAUGCUAAUGUCCUGAAAACGCAAUGCGGAUCAUUUGAGUUAAACUUAUUGAGCGUCUCGACAGCACAUCGCCGCUCCUUUAUUAUGAAUCAUGGAGUUAAACUCGUCAUACAAAGUUGAAAUCUGUGAUCGCCCUUCAUCGAUGUGGCCAGUGGUGCACACGCGUUACCAGUGGAUCUGAACAGUGAUACACUUGUUUUGAUAUAUUUGUCAGUAUGGUUUAUGGCUCAGCAAGAAGAGUUUGGGAGUCUCCAGCUGCGACUCCAAAGCAUCUCCACAUCUCAGGCAGCCCCGUCAAAUGUAAUUGAUGCAAAGUUUUACUAUUUGAAUGCAAGGCUGUGGUAGAAAUAGUCCCAAGAAAAAUGAAGUGCAGGUGUCAUAAAGGUUUAUCUCCGCGGCCUCUUGCUCUCCACGUGGAAUCCCAAACAAUGUUGUACAAGGAUCACGAUCCUUUGACCCGUCUGAUGUGGGAGAUGUCCGACUGCUCUCCGCCAAAUUAUCUUGUCCCGACAAAGUUAUGUCACGCAACAUUUAUAUGAGAUGACUGAGAAAACCAGGCAAGACUUAGUUAUUCCUAAAUGGAUCAAACAAUCCUCAUGUGCCCACUUAAGGUUUAUGGAUAGCAUGAACAGGGUUUGAACUUGUUCAGUGUACAUUCAGCUUUACUGUAUUACUUAUUUUUCAUUAUUCUAAUUCCACAAUGAACCAGUGUUUUUGUCUCAGGAAUAAAUGGUGCUGCUGCUCA